AUGGCUGCUGCUACUACUACUACGGAUCUCGACAUGGAUGAUUACCAAUUCCCCCUUCCUGGAUUCCGCUUCCAUCCCACCGAUGAAGAGCUCGUCGAUUACUACCUCCGUCGGAAGGUCCACAACAAAUCCGUUACCCUCGAACUCAUCAAACAGAUUGAUAUUUACCGAUACAACCCUCGAACUCAUCAAAUAAAAGAUAUUCUGACGUAUUGCGAAUUUGCAGAUAUCGGUGGGACGAGCGGAGAGAAAGAGUGGUACGUGUUCGUCAAGAGAGGGAGGAAGUACAAGAACAGCGUGAGACCGAAUAGGGUAACGGGGGCGGGGUUUUGGAAGGCGACGGGCAUUGACAAGCCAAUUUAUCCACAAGGAGAACAAGGAAAGGGGUGCAUUGGUCUGAAGAAAACCCUAGUUUUUUACAAGGGAAGUGCUGGAAGAGGCGUCAAAACUGAAUGGAUGAUGCAUGAGUUUCGUCUUCCUCCAAGCAAUGGCUCCAAUUCCCACAAUUCCCACAAUUCCCACAAUUCCCACAAUUCCCACCUCCCCAAAACCAUAAUCAAUGGUGAUCAAGAAGCGGAGAUUUGGACGCUAUGUCGUAUAUUCAAACGGAGUGUUACGUGUCGAAGAUAUGCACCGAAUUGGAAAGAAAUGAUGAAGACCAAAAGAUGUAGUAAUAGUGUGGGUGAUGAAUGUUACGAUGAAGAUGGAAGAGAAACUUAUAUAAGUUUUGGGUGUAAUUCGUUUAAUGGGUUUGAAGAGAAGAAGGCAACAAAAGAAGGAGCAGCUGAAGUGGUAAACCAAUCUCCAGCUUCAUCGGAGUUCUCCAACUUUGAGGAAGAUUGGGAUGAACUCAGAUCCAUUGUGGACUUUGCUUUUGAUCCAUUUUUCAAUAACCCUUCAAUUUAG